UUGUGAGUUGUGACUUUGUGUGUCAAUUAUCAAAUUACUUUCAAAAUUCAGAUGCGGCUUAGAUUGCUUAGAAUAUUGAAUUUUAUGUUUAGCACACGAUGAGGAAUAGUCGUUGAGGGACGUUUUUGCAAGAAAAUGAUGUUAUCUUGCUAAAAUGUAAAGUGUGUGAAUUCUGAAAAUUAUGGAGCAGCCAAGAUCAGGUCCACCCCCAAUUCCUCUACGUGUUGAUUUGGGGGAAACAGAAGAAAGUGUACUUGAAAGCCAAAAAGAUCCUGCAGCCAACAAUCUUCCUUCUAUUGAUACUAUUGUUCCUGAAAUGGCAAUUCCUCAACCAACUCCACAAGAUGACAAGCCUGUCCAGAAACCUUCCCUAAGUACCCUGCCAAAUGCAUCAAAACCUAUUCCAGCUGUAAAUUUGGCUAAACCAGCAGUGAAAAAAAAUGCAAAAGGUCGGCCUACAAUCAGCAUAAUCUCGUCUCGUCCAAUGGACGAGGGGAGCACAUCUGCUUCAGUUCAUUUCAAGAAUGAUAAAAGCGGUGACUCAGCUGCACAGGAUAGUAACGCACACAUAAACAAUAAUCAGCAAUCGACUACUGGAACCUCUUCAAAUCCUGAACGCCCCUCGGGACCAAUUAAACCGGGUAGACCAGCACCUCUCGCUCCAACAAAACCACAUCUUCAACCUGAAGAUAAAAACUCAAAACGUUCUGAUGGGUCAAGAAGUAAAGCCCCGGUGCCAAAUCGGAGGUCUAAAACCAAGUCUCCUAAGGGAGAUUCUGGUUCGGUAUUUUACAUUGAUACAUCUGCAGACGUGGACAAAACACCUUCCGCGAAACCUAAGCUUAACGAUGCCGGUGAAGCCGUUCCAAAAACAAAUACUAAAUCGAAACCUAGCUUGCCAGCACCAAGGAAGCCAAAAACAAAAAACGAACCGAAAGCAAGUGAGAUAGACCCAUCUGUGAAUGCAAAAGUUAAACCACCUGACAAAGCUGUCUCAAAACCAAACGAUGCCGGUGUUGGUGAAUCCGUUUCAAAACCAAAUACUAAAUCAAAACCCAGCUUACUUGCUACAUCGAAAACGAAAACAAAAAACGAACCGAAAGCAAGUGAGGUAGAUCCAGCUGUGAACGCAAAACCUAAACUAAAACCUACGAUUAUAACGGCCAAGACGCCAAAACAGGCCGUCGGAGGAAAAACACACGAGGCCAUAAUCCCACCACCGGAAAAUACAUCGAAUAUAGCAAAAGAGACGGAGGGUGAACUUCCCAUCCGCCCCAGUUUCCCGCCAAGUGCUGAUGCAGAGGAAUUAAACAGAAAUGAAAGUCAACCUGAAAGACCCAAGGCUCCGCCGAAUACGAUCAAAGACGAACAAAGAGAUGUCGAAAAGAAAAAAGAGACGAAAAAGUUUUUUAAACGGGAACCGACAAAUAAAAAACAACCGAAAUCUAAACCUGUGAGACCACCUAUGGCCAAAGAAAGCGCACGACCUAAACCAUCAAGACCUCCUCCUGCGAAACCAAAUGUUAAAAGGAAGUCCCCUCCAAAAGUAAAUGAUGUAGCCAGCAAGGAAAGAGCGAAAUCAGACAAAUCUGCCUCUGUUAAGCCGUCUGGUCCACCUCGUGCCCAGGCGAAGUUUGACUAUGCCGGGGAAACAGAUGACGAUCUUACUUUUAAGGCAGGUGAUACCAUUAUGUUGACAAGCAAGGUUGAUGAUGAUUGGUUCGUUGGUUAUCUUGAGAAUAACGUUAUGCAUCAAGGACUGUUUCCAACGAGUUUUGUUGAGAUCAUUGUUGCUUUAAAGGAACAACCUGCCGAAGAGGAGAAUAAUCCCUCAGCCUUUCCAUCGGAGCCGUAUGCCGUUGCAUGUCAUGAUUUCCAAGCACAAGGUCAAGGAGAAUUAUCAUUUGUUUCCGGACAAAUCAUCAUUCUACUCGAGAGGAUCAAUGCAGAAUGGUUAAAGGGCAAAGUGAAUAACUCGGUCGGGAUAUUUCCUGCAAAUUUUGUGAAAAUAGAACGUGACUUGCCGCUAACGACGAAUACGAAUGAUGUUGUAACUCCAGCACCGACUAGAAAUACAGGAAAUUCUGUCAACGAAGAGUGGUGUCGUGCUAUUCAUGAUUACCAAGGGGAACAUAAGGAUGACUUGAGCUUUGUUACUGGAACUGAAAUUAAGAUAAUUGAAAGGAUAGAUAAUGAUUGGUUCAAAGGGGAAUACUCGGGGAAUUCUGGAAUAUUCCCAGCUUCUUUUGUAGAAAUUUUGCCUGCAACUGACAAAGGAUCCCAAGAUGUAAAAUUAGUGACCGCUACUCAUGACUAUCCUGGUGCAAGUGCCGAUGAUUUGUCAUUCAAAACUGGCGAUAAAAUCAAAGUUAUUGAACGUAUCAACGCGGAUUGGUUUAUGGGGGAAUUUGGUGGGAAACAAGGGUUAUUUCCUGCUUCCUUUGUAGAAGGAGAAAAUUCAUCAGUACAGCAAGAUCCUGAUAAGGUGAAAGAACAAACUAAGGAUAAACGCAUGGGUAAAGCAAUUCAUGAAUUUACCGGAGAAAAUCCUGGGGAACUACAUUUCGGUGUUGGUGAUGCAAUUGAAGUACUCCGCCAGAUUGAUGAUAACUGGAGUGAGGGGGUGAUUAAUGAUGUGACAGGAAUAUUCCCGACUGCUUUUAUUGAAAUUCAAGCUUCAAAAUCAAAAGAAGCCUACGCCAAAGCCCUUUAUGAUUUUGCUGGGGAAUCGGAACACGAUCUUUCGUUCAAGACUGGAGAUGUCAUUCAAAAUUUGGAGCAUGUUAAUGACGAAUGGUGUACAGGAUCCAUUGGAGGGAGGACAGGUCAUUUUCCGUCUUCUUUUGUCGAGAUAUUCGCUUCAAGAUAAAUUUCGUAUUCUUAAGAGAAGUAUACAACAGCAACCUCGGCUUCGGAUGAUGGUGCACCAGAGAUCCGGACUGACGAUUUUAAAUGUGCACGCGUGCAUUCCAUUAUCUGCAGAUUAAUUUCAUCUCGUUCAUUGCAACAUUCAAUGAUAUUUUUGUUUGUGCUUAUAUGAAACUACCAUUUGCAGUUAAUGAUCUCUUUUCACUCUAUGGAGAUAUCGUGGUUUGUUUGAUUCACUCAAUGCAACUAGUCACACCACAUAUGUUUUAUUUCAGAUUGUUCCUUUUUUGUCAGCCCUUUUCACAUCAUUUUUAGUGCAGUUUCUUUGAAACUUUUCAGCAUUGUGUUGAGUGAACCUCGAUAUCACCAAGAUAAAAUGAGAUAUACAAAACUGUGAAGUUGUAAUUUCUAUUGGAAACAAAAUCUCGAUAAGGCGUAGCCGUAGUUAUUCCUGGGUCUAGUCGAACAAAUUCCUGUUGAGGGGGGGGGGGGGUUGGUCAAGAAAUCAUAGGUUGACACAAAUUUAAUGGCAAUUGAUCAUUUUCGACUGUGUAAAUCACAUAUUUUUAAAAUUUAAAUGCCCAAGCAAUUUUUAAAAAAUUGUAAAACGAUUAAAACGAUUGUA